AUGGAAGCGUUAUUGGAAAGUCUGGUAAAAUUUCUGAAUUCUCCCAUAAUCCAGGAGGAGCUUGGAUUGCUCUGUGGUAUUGAAACAGAGAUACAAAAGCUUUCAAGCUUGCUAUCAACAACCAAAGCAGUGAUUGAAGAUGCCGAGCUGAGGCAAUUUACUGACAAGGCAAUUCAACUUUGGCUGCAGAAGCUCAAUCUUAUUGCUUAUGAAGUCGAUGACAUAUUAGAUGAUUAUGCAACCGAAGUCUCGAGAGAACCGAAAUGCAAAAACAGAUGUUGUAAUGUAUUGGAUUGUCUUCCAGCAACAUCAAACAUAUGGUUUCGGCACAGGCUUGGAGCAAGGAUGAAGGAAAUCAAUGGAAAAUUUGAUGCAGUUGCUGAUGAGAGAAUAAAGCUUGGAUUAAGUGAUCAGAAGCGUGGGAGCAACCACUUUCUGCUUGAUUCCACUGCAACACGUGAGACUGGAUCCGUGGUAAAGGAACCGGAUCUAGUCCUUGGAAGGGACGAGGAGAAAGACGAGAUUGUGAAAAUAUUGGUGAAUCAAGUCAGCGAUAAUCAAAAUGUAUCAGUGCUCCCUAUAGUGGGUGUUGGAGGCCCAAUUGGUCUUCAAUGA